AGCCAAGAGACAUUCCACAUGAGGAGUGGAUGCAGUGGAGCCUAAUCUUGGAUUUGAAAAAUGAGACCUUGUUGGCGAAGUGCUUACCAUCCCUUCCACAUCCCUCUCCCAACUGAACAAUAACAUGCCCUUCAAAAUAUAUUCUUCUGGUGUCGAAAAGAGAGAUUGGCCAACUGCCACCAGGACCCACCUGCCUCCCUAAUCCACAUGCUCUCAACCUCCACCCAUCCCUUGCCUCACCUAUUAAACUUCAUAGAUAAGCAAAGAACUACGAAGAGAGAGAGAGAGCAUUCGACUACUCUUGUUCAAUUUCUUUGCUUUUCAAGUGACACUAGUAGCACUAGUGCAGCUUUUCCUAGUGCUAGUGCUACAUGGCCAUGGAGGUAGAAGAUGAUGCUUUCUUUGCAGACCUAAGCAAGCAGAUAGCUCUACUAAUUAUGGAUGACGACGAUCAAGAAUUCCCGGUGCAGUGUCCCUCGCUUCCAGUUCAGGGGCUCCAUUAUAUGCCCCAAACCAUUAUCCCACAUCCAAUAGGGUAUGAGGUGGCCUACAGAAGGGAGAGCAAGGGGACUGGAGUCUUCAUUCCCCGGUCGACGCUCCCUACAAGGAAGAACAAGUCUGGGAGAUCUACUCCAAUUAACACCAACUCCCACAAGCAGCCUGACAAACCUGGAGUUGCAGUUUCCAGUGUCACCAGCAACAAAAAUAUCAUAUACUCCAGUUAUUGCAGUAACUCUGCAGUGCUUAAGAGGCAUAAGUAGGAGCUGGAGAGAUCCUUAGCUCAUACUAACCUUAAUCUGGUCUUGGUUUGUUGACAAUGUCAGGGUCUUCUAUGGUUUCUACAUAAAUGCAAUAAGAAACCUCUUCCAUUUGCUGGAGAAAUUGAGAAGAGGGCUUAAAAUAAGCUUCCACCAUCUUCUGUAAAUUGUACAGCUACACUUAUGAAGGGAAAUGUAACAGGGAGUGGGACGGGUACUCAUUGAAUGUAUUCCUAGCUUAUUGAAUGCAUUCUCCACCCUCUUCUGUAUGGUGAUCACUAGAUGAUUUGGAUUGAUGUACUGGUGGGUUUGACAUGUGUUCUCUUGGAGGUAAAUUGAACAGACAAUCUAGCAGUCAGUUUGAGCAU